UUGAGCAAAAGCCUGCCCCCAGCCUGGCAAACAUUUGAAUCCCACAUGCUUUGUGUUUUGUAACAUCACUAGCUUCCCCUUGAAAUAAGGGCACAGGGCAAUCUGCUCCAGGUGACCCUGCUUGAGCAUUGAGACUAGCUUGAGACUAGACGAUCUCCAGAGGUCCCUGCCAGCCUCAACCAUUCUGAGAUUAUGUCAGGGCCAGGGAAACAUCAUCUCAGCCCAAAAGGUCAAAGGCAAUGCGUCAGCAAAGGGGAACAGGCCCCAAAUCCUGCUUGGUUCUAGUACUAUACCUCCCUUUUUUCUGGCAGCGUGGGAAAAGACUGAGCCGCUCUUGGUGCUGAAUACGGACAGAAGCAAAUUUCUUCCUCUUCAUCAUAAACGUUCUUAUAUGGGGAAGGCUCAGAGCAUACUGAUGAAAUAGUACAGGGUGAGGCUUAAUAUUUACCAUACUCAGUUAACCAGAAAGUCAAGCCCUAAAACAACAGAAAAAGAAAAAAAAAAAAAAGAAAAAAAAAAGAAUGAAUCACCUAAACAAUCUUCUCUCAGGAGAGGAGACCUUGUCCCUGCAGGGAGAUGGAUUGGUCAGGGGUGGGUUUACUCUAUUUGUGAAGACUGCGACCCUGCAGCAGGGUGGUCCAGGCUGUGCUUAGCUCACAUUAGACGUGCUUAGCUCACCUCAUGCUCGUCCUGGGUAAAUAACCCUGAUUUCCUCUUCUCUCUUCUGUUUCACUAAAAUCAGCUGUUGCACAAAAUGGAUCAUGUGAGUUUCUCUGAGAAGCCCAUGAAGCGCCAAUGUCAGCUCCAGAGAUGGUAUAAAUCACGGAGACAUCCCAAAGGGUAUAAAUUCUUUGGCUGACCAAGGUGCAGCAAAGGGAAACUUCUCAGACAGCCUGGCAAGAGCAGAGAUUUGGAUUCCAGGCAGCAAAACAGGUAGGUGGAAUGACUUGGUUCAAACAGUUACUUUGCUUUUUUUCAGGCUUUUGCACUUCAUAGUGCACCAAUGAAGUAUCAACUUUGGCACAGACAAUAGGCUUUAGAGGAAGCAGAGGUAGCUCAUGUCCUUCUUGCAGGAACUGGUAUGACGUGCUGUUCCAAACGUUCCCAGGGCUUUCUUACCUUUCAGCUGCCUGCUCCUUAGCAAGGAAGCAUGAUGUUUGCUCUGAAUGUUUUGUGUUUGACAUUUGGAAAUCAAACCACAUUGGCCAUUUGCCCCAAGAUAUUUGAUCAUGUGAGUAUUUUUCUGGUGCUUUUCCAACAUCUUACAUCAAUAAAACACCUAAACGUUGUGUGACAAAUUAGACACGCAUUGUUAAACUGACCUGGGGUCUCCCCAGAUGAGAACAUCAUAAGCAAGAAAAAUAGCCUUCAGGGAAAUGGAAAGAGAAAGGCUGAAAGUGAGCUCAUACCUCUUACUGCACUUGCUGUCUCAGCCUUCCCCGUUCUUCUGACAUACCCUCUCUUUCUCAUCCCAUGUCCUGCUUUGGUCCAGCCCUGGGCUAUUUAAAAUGAAGUGACUCCUUUCAUUCAUGGGGUUUUCCUCCCAACAGUGCUAACCCGCAGCUACAGCAUUAGCUGGACCAUGACCGAAGAGCCUGUGCAGAAGGAUAGCGAGAUCAGAUGCCCAAACUCCAGCAUGGGCUGCGGACACAAGGAUGACAAAGCCAGCCUGGCUUCGAGCCAGAUAGCCGCUUUCAGCCACCGGCCUCAUCAACCCCCUUCCCCCCCUGCCUCCAAGGAAGUAUGGAAAAAGGGUGGCCGCAUGUUCUCCAUCCUGCUAGCUGUGCACCUAGCCCUGCUGGCCUGCACACUGGUGAGCAUCAUCAUAUGGAUCAUCUUCUAUCUCGUGAGCACUUCCCGGUGCCCAGAUGCCAUCCUCUGCAAAGACUCCCACGCAGGGCCUGUCUGGCUGAGAGGAGGCCUAAUUCUAUUUGCCGUUUUCAGCCUUGUCAUGGAUGUGUUCAAAAUAGGAUAUUACUCCAGCUUCUACAGCUGCCUGUCUGCUAUCAAAAUCAUCUACCCCAUUGUGCAAGCAAUAUUCGUGAUCAUUCAGACGUACUUCCUGUGGGUCUCUGCCAAAGAUUGCAUCCACGUACACCUGAACAUUACCAGGUGCGGCUUGAUGCUGACACUGACCACAAACUUAGCAGUGUGGAUGUCGGCAGUGACGGACGAGUCUGUUCACAAAGCGCAUUCAAAGCUGAAGAAAAAUGUGACAGAAGAAAUCUUUAAAUGGCUCAUGAAAGGUAAUCUGUCCAUUUUACUACUGCAAAUAUAUUUUUCCCCUGUUCCAGCGGGAAUGAGAAGUGGCUCAACUGAAGAAUGUAACUGCAACAGCCAGAUCUGCCAGAUCUUCAAGAACGGCUAUUUUUGGCUGUACCCCUUUAACAUUGAGUACAGUCUCUUUGCCUCUGCCAUGGUUUAUGUCAUGUGGAAGAAUGUUGGACGCUUUAUAGACCACCACUCUCACCACAUUCACCACCUGAAGUUCAAGCUCUUUCGAAGGACCUUCUUUGUAGGCAUCGUGUUGGGCCUCAUCAUCUUGGUGAGUGGUUUGGGAGUCCUUAUUGUUUAUGAGGUGUGGGUAAAUUCCAGCAAUGAAUCCAGCAAGAAGAAUGAAGCACUUACCAUGUAUUACAUCUUCAACAUUGUUUGUCUGGGCCUCAUGUCUCUUGUCUGCGUUGGUGGCUCUGUCAUCUACCGCUUUGAUAAGAGAGACAUGGAUCGCCACAAGAACCCAACCAGGACCCUGGACGUGGCCCUGCUGAUGGGUGCUGCCUUGGGGCAGUAUGCUAUUUCUUACUACUCCAUUGUGGCCAUUGUGGCCAGCACACCGAGGGACGCUAUCAGUGCGCUCAACCUCACCUACGCCCUCCUGAUGAUUGCCCAGCACACCUUCCAAAAUAUUUUCAUUAUUGAAGGCCUUCAUCGGCAGCCCCCCAAGGAAGGCCACAAACAUGAUCCGCACCAAAAGGAUCCCUAUGGACUCACCUUUGUUAACAUCAAUGCAGUGUCCCUCCGCGUACCUGACAGUGGCAGCACCUUGGCACCCAACACUGUCUCCAGCAUUGAAGGCAUCCACCCUUCUGAGCUUGUGCAGUCCCUCACAGGCCCCAAGAAGAUGAACUGGAGGAGGAAGUUCUUAAGGGAGAUCUCCAUGUUCCUCCUGCUGAGCAAUAUCAUACUCUGGAUCAUGCCAGCUUUUGGUGCCCGGCCCCAGUUCGACAACGAUAAAGAACUAAACUUCUAUGGUGAUUCCAUGUGGCCGGCCAUUGUGGACAUAUGCCUGCCCUUUGGGAUCUUCUACCGAAUGCAUGCAGUGGCCAGCUUGCUGGAGGUCUACAUCAUGUCCUAAAGAACUCUACCGCAAGGAAGACGGAAUCCUCCUCAGCCAACCCACCUCCUUCCUACCCCCGGGCUGGGAGACUGCCCAGAUCUCCCCAGGGGUCUCUAGUACUGCUUGAAUCACGUCCCCUUGCAGUGUUGGGACAUUUCUCCACUGUUAGUGAAGAUCAUCCAAACAUAGUCCAGAUUUUAUUUUUGUUACUUGUGCGUGGAUGUGCAUGUGUGUGUUUCAAGUUCUUAAAGCUUAAAAGAAAAAAGGGAAAAAGAGGAAGGUUUCCAGAGCAGAAUCAUGGUAAUUACCCAUAGUUCAUGCCAAGAGACUCUUCCUUCCUUCCUGCAACCCUGAUCCAGCCUGUCCACUCCAUGCCACUGAUUUACUCUCCAGUGGGUGCUCAGCACCUUUGGAGGGUCAAUGCCUGCCUGCAAACAGGCCCAAUCCUGCCUGCACUCAGAGACCCAGUAGGUACAAUGGGCUAACUCAGGCGUGGAAGGCAAAGAAAGGGAAACCACUCCAACUUCCGCUAUGGCCAGUCAGAAACCAGUCCCCUGUAGAGAUGUGAAAAAUAAACUGGUGAGUACCAAAGGCUUUGGGAAACGUUUUAUACCUGUUCACUGUACUGCCCAUUUAUGUUGGCCCUCCUGACCCUUCCCUGUAUCAGCCCCUGCUGUUUUUCUUCCUCUUCAGUGAGGCAUUACUGCUGAUGAGCAGGUUUGUGUGCUGCAGCCUCCUCUCUCAGAAGGACACAUAGUCCCUAUGGAAGGGCUGUCCAUGCGGUCAUGGGCUGGCCCUGACAAGGGAUCAUUUUAAGCACACUUUUUCCCCAAUUUUCCUGAAUCAAGGCUCAAGAGCCAUAAAGACCAUAUAGGCAAUACGGUCUGGGGAACGAUCAGGAGAUCUGUUUUUCUUUUUUUAAUAGAUUGUG